GACGUGCUGGCGUCCGUACCGCGCACUCUCCGCCCCGCGGCUCGAACUGGGUCAACCCCUGUGCCGAGGGCUGCUCGCCCCCGCGAGAGACACUGCGAGGCCAGUUGCGAGGCGCGCGCGCGACCAUACACACCACGGCCCGACCACCGGACACCCGGGAGAAACGUGCUACGCGUCGCCGUCGCCGCCGCCGCCGCCGUGCCACCGAACCGUCGCGGAAACGAUCCCGGUCGUUGGUGACGUCGCCGCUCGACGAUCGACGAGUUCGACGCGGAUGCCGGCGAGCGGAGGGUCCAGCCGCUGAGGACGUGGAGGCUUCCCUGUCCACGAGGAGCGCGUUCCUCGCGAAUGUUGGAAUUCGGCGAUCAAAGGGGUGCUAGGACAGAAUAUCGACCGCUCCGGGCGUCGUUGGGAGUAAUGGCGAUCGCGGGGGACGCGUUGACGAUUCGUUGUCACGAUAAAUCGUGAAAUCUCGAACGCGACAGCGUCGGGGCAGCCGUGAAGCGCCGGGAAGGAUGAGAAGUGGCGUCGCCAUUGAUACGCGGCGCGAGUAGAGCCUCCUCCGCGGCGUUUCCACCGGAAGCUCGAUCGCGAGCGAUGACGUUGUGCUGUGUGUUGUUGUGACGUGUUCAUCUGGACGUGUUGUUCCCGGAAACGUGGAUCCUGGUUCCGGAAUCAUCUUCGAGAGUGUUCCAUGUUCCUGAAGCCUCUGAUCGAUCGUUUGUGCGCGGUUUCACGGUCGUGACAGGAGUAUCGGUGAUCGUGAAGUUUCGAUAUUGUUCCUCGGAGGUGGGUGCGACCGUGAUCGAUUAAAUAUCGAUCGGAGAAAAAGUGUCCUCGAGCGGAGAGCGGUGCUAGUCCUCGGCAUGAAGGGGAGUGUUCUAUGUUCCUGCGUGUAUUCCUGAUCAAAGUAGACCGUGCGAGUGAUCCCGGACUUUCGAGGUUGUAUCUCGGGCGUAUCGAUAGCUCGAGCCCAGGAACCAAGCACAGGAAAAGUGUCCUCGACUGGAGGAGAGCGCAAGUACUCGGCAUGAAGGACACUCAUUGGCCGGUCUUCGUCUGCGUUCUAAUGGCGACGACGGUGCUUUCCUGUCGGCAGAGCGAGUUUCAGUGCGGCAACGGCCGCUGCGUCGCCCUGAACAAGGUGUGCAACGUUGUUGACGACUGCGGCGAUGGGACCGACGAACAGCGUCAAUGUUCACCCUGCAACAAAACGUACUACGGCGACGUGGGGAAAACCUACGACCUGGAGAUCCAUCGACCGAAGCAGGAUAAGGUGCCUUACUUUUGCAAGCUCACCUUCAGCGCGCCGGGCGGCGACUUGGGCGACAUCGUUCAGUUGACGUUCGACAGCUUCACCCUGGGGAAAUUCGUGUCGUUUACCGCGGAGGGCUGCCCGGACGGGUCCCUGCAAAUUUCGGAGGCACAACGGCCGGACGUCGGCGGCCUAUGGUGCGGAACGUCCCGGGGCCCGGCGAUCUACUAUAGCGAGACACCGACGGUCUCCAUAUCGCUGAAGCUGCUCAGGCUCAGCGAGGAUCAGACGGGAUUCAAUUUCGACUUCCGGAUGGCGUACAAGACGAUUAGGAAGUCGGACGCUGUGGUGCGUUACGGGAAUCCGUUCGUCGGUGUAUUGUACGCGUCAGGGACGCCCACGCCGACAGACGCAACGACGAUCCCCUCGCCGAGCGAGUACGCUAACAGCUCGAUGGCGAUGCCCGUGCAAAUGGUGGAGCAGCCGUCGGCCAGCGCGAAACCCGGCGUCGAGCAGUUCCUCGGCGACCUGAUCUCUGGGACCUAUUGCUCCCGAAUAUUCAGCGACUGCGACCGGAAGAAGUGCAGGCUGCAGUCGCCGAACUUUCCCGGAUUGUACCCGCGCAAUCUCACCUGCUACUACGCGGUGAGGCAGCACGAUAUACCGGCGGGAAAACACGCCUUAAUUUCGGUGAAGCAGCCUCGGGGCCAAUUGGUGGCUAUAAGGGCACGGCCGGCUACUCAGGCGGAGUCUUCGCCGCGCGAGCUUCGCCUUUGGAAGGAUUGCGACUUGGUCCAGGACUACGUGACCGUGUACGACGGUUACACGACCAGGGAUCCGGUGAUCCUGAAAUUCUGCGGGGGCGGGGAGCCAGUGCCGGAAGCGACCAGCAGCGGCACAGAGAUCCUCGUCGAGUUCACUACAUCUCCUUACGGCACGUUCCUGCACCCCACGCCUCCGCACUCGCUCCACGGCUUUCAAUUAGAAGUGCAAGUGAAAUUCGUGGACGCAGACUCGCCGACGUACGCGAAGAACAAGCACUGCGAGUUCUGGUUGCAAGGGAACGGCGGCGGAGUGUUGGCCUCCCCCAGACACUCUCUCCCGAGGAACAGCACGUGCCUGUACCAUCUUCGCGGCGCAGGGCCCGCGAUGCCCAGCCCCACGCCGCCUCGACCUUUGCCCAAGUUUCCGGAGCAGCGGCCGGGGACCGUGUGGCGGAGGCCCGCGCCGCGGCCGCAGCAGCCGCAGUUCCGCGUGUGGCUGUCCAUUUUGAAGUUCCACGUGGGCACCAGCCUGUCCAGCACCGACGAGGACUGCUCGACGACGCUGAUGGUGUGGGACGGCGAGAUGAUGCCGCUGUCCGAGUGUAACGACCUCGCCUGCGAGAAAGAUCAACAAAGACGCGGAGACAAGACGAACGAGCCCUCGAGACCCUUGGUGGGUCGCCCCGCCGGCAACACGACCCUUCUGGCCCGUUACUGCAAGGACAAAGUGCCGAGGACCUGCGACCACGCGAUCCUGCAGAACAGCAGCCGGCCGUGUUCCCUCGUCGAGAGCUUCGUUUCCAGCGGGAACACGCUGACCAUUGAAAUGCGGAUGGUAGAGUCGACUGCUCUCAGGCCGGUGAAUUUCCGCGCCCUGUACGAGUUCGUCGAUCUCCAUCAGGACGGGGAUCCAUACGGCACCGGGCCCUGCUCGAGGAUUUUCUACAGCCGUAACCGGGAUCACUACCCGGACCGUAGAUUCCAGGCGCCGCGCGAUAUUUUCCUUUACGGCCGGGGCGGUUCGAAGAACAUCAGCUGCGUGUAUCGGUUCGAGGGCGAGCACGACGAGAUCGUCAAGCUGAGGUUCAACAAGCUGCUGAACGGCAACCGGACCUGCCGCAGCGUCUCCAGCCCGGAUUUCAAUCGGCUGCUUUGCGUCGGAUCGAGCAACUUUUCCGUAAAGGUGAUGGACGAGCCAUGGCCGAAAGCGCCGCCGGUGCAGAGGGAUUGCUUCUGCUCCAACCGGUCCCUGCCGAUGAACGUCAAGUCGACGUCGAACGUUGUCGAGGUCCACUUCAACGUGAUUUCCAUGGACGCCCUCGACGACUACAAUAAUCUGUUCUUCGAAGCCACUUGGGACUUCAUCAAGACGGAUCCCUGUCUACAGAAGCGACGGGUCAGGGGACCUUCCGGCGAGAUCAAGUAUAAAUCGCCCAUCAUCGACGAAGACGAGAAAAACUGCGAGAAACAUCCAUGGCUGAUCGAGCCAGGAUCUAACCAGUAUCUCUACGUGAAGACACAAGGCACGUUAAUGUCGAAGACCACAAAGUGCGAGACGAAAAAUCGGAUCGUGGUGCACGUCGGGAACUCGCCACCGAAGUCGGUGUGUCCGAAACCGCCGCCGGAAAUGAGACACGAGGUGGUAGAGGUGUUCAGCGACGGCUGGGCCGUCAGCGGUAACUCCAUAUUCCCAACACCUGGCGAUGAUCCCGUCAGAACCAUUGCCAUCGAGUUCAUCAUAAAGGAACCGGAUUCGUACACAGUGACGUGGCUCGAGCUCACUAGGAGGCCGUCGCUGACGUCCUCGGUUGGCCUCCAAAUGCAAAGGGACUGCGAGCAACGCUGCCCGGAGCUGAACGCGUGCAUAAACGAGUCCCUGUGGUGCAACGGUGUCUCCCAUUGCCCGUCGGGCUACGACGAGGCGUUGGCGCACUGCUCGAAGCUGCUACAGCUGCCGCCGCUUCACCUGGGCAUCGGCCUCCUGAUCAUCCUCACCGUCAUCGUCGUGAUCUGUCUGGUGGCCUGGCGGAUCUGCCGGCAGCGGGCGAACAGGUCGAUAUCCCAGCACAGGCUGAAGAGCAUCUCGUCGGAGACGGCGAUCAUCGACGGCAAGGAAGUGAUCUGCUGACACAGCGACAGUUCUGUGCGAUACGUGGAGGUAGACCGCGUGACCACCGUGUGACGAUCGCCGUCGGUCAUGCUGCCCGGCCGCCAUGUUUACGCGCUCUGCCUGGCGUCCUCCUGAACGGGACGACGCUGUCAUGGCGGCCGCCGUCUCCGCGUAACGCGCAGAACUGCUUCUUCGAGAUGUCGCCGAGUCGACGAGGACUCGGAUGCGCACGGUGGUUCUCUGCUCGAUGACUCGGACCGCGCGGAUCCUAAAUGGCCCCCGUUCAACGGAUCCACGGGUUUUCAGGGACUUCCAUAGAGUGUUUCCUUUGGAGAGGCCGCGGAGAUUCUCUUCUUUAGAUCACUAUUCCUCGGGCAUCUCAGUGAAAAUGGCUGUCCGGUUCGGACUGUAGAUUUCUAGGCACUUCGGCGGGAGUUUCUUGGAGACUGGACUGGGUAUCUUCAUCGUGUGCUCGGGGAAUAGGUGUAGUUAGCUUUCAGCUUUGGGGCGCGAUUAGGCUGGCUUCACUUGGGUCACUACUGGUUUGGAUAUGGUUUUAGGGGGUUGUGUUUGGGAGAUCGGAGAUCAGUUUCAAGUAAUUCUUCUUUGGUUUCUUUUUGUGGAAGGACUCUUCGGUAUGAGGGUGCGCUGAAGAUCAAGAUGCUUCUCAAGUUUGCUCCUAUGUUGAGGUAUCUCCUUUCUGUUCCCGAGUGUUAGAAUCCGUAUCGUUCUAUUAUUUCGUGAUCGCAAGAAGUUUGCGCAGGGAAUAGCCGUUCGUCGAUCAGACUGUGGACGUUCACAUGAAUUCUAUUCUGAAAUUUUGCUUUAACAGUCGAAGAAACCACUGUUUCGUCAAGGGAGACUCAUCAACUUCACUGCGAAGGGAAUAGGAAUCUUAAUUUCCGUUAUUCUUGUUCGAUUUUCAUGCAUUCGAGUCUUCGGACAUGUCCCGGCGAGGCUCUCGCGAGCGAAAGUCCUCUCCAAGACUCGCAAGCCAGGUAUUCCAAUCAGUAAAGUCAAUGUUUGGCUUCUAGAUAGCCAGAGCUAACUCCUGAGAGCCCUAACUCGGACAUGUCCGAUCGAUACAGCUCGCAGUCCACGGUCCAUCGAUCAACUUUUUCGUCUGACAGCGCGUCACGUCAGUGGGAGGUGGUGUCGGGUUGCUUCAACAAGGACAAUAAGUAAUAGAUCCUAGGUGAUAUCGUUUCGCUGAUAGUGUAGCUUAGCGCUGACAUUGUAUCGCUGUCGAUCGGCCGCCGAUCGGUCGCGUUUCGGGACGCUUUCUCCGUUCCGGGAGCAGAAAGGCCGCCGAUCGGUCGCGUCUGGAUCGCCGGGAAGCUUGAAAUUCCGUUGAAUCUCGUGCUGGAUCGGAGCCGGCCAUCGGAAAACGUGUGUCCGAGUGAUCGAGCAGGGAACGAGCAAGAAACUCGCACUAGUCAUUCGAUCGUUCGUCGGGUCGCUUCGACGAACAGACGGAAACACGAUUUUUAGCACGAGCCAACUGACUGCUGGCCUCCCUCUCUCUCUCUCUCUCUCUGUCUCUGUCUUUCUCUCUGUCCCCUUCUCACCUCUCUCUCUCUCUCCCUGUCUGUCUCCCUCUUUUCACUUUCUCCUCCGUUUUUAAGCGCGAAAAAGGGAUAUCCUCUGUACGAUGCUCGGUCGACGAGCCGAGCAGUCGCGCGACGUUGUUCAGGUGAACCGAGCCGUUUCCUUUGACAGCGACGCGACACCGAGCCACCUCGUUCCUUUGUGCGAUAAUAGAGAUCCUCGAGAUCAAACGGCCCCGAGGAGGAAUCUCGAGAUCAUCCGUUGGAGGACACGCUUCGUGACUCCUUUUUCUGUGAAAGACACCCCGGCCCUAUCGCUUUGCUUUCGUUUUUCACGCACUCGUUGUGGGAGUUUGCCGGUUGUUACCGCUCCAGGGAACUUGGGAUUGGUCUCCGAAGACCGUAGACACGUUCAAGACGCCGACAACGUACGUGAAGCUCCGCGGAGUUGAUUCUAAAGUGUACCGAAUUCGUUCACGGGGAAAAUGAACGGUUACCUUCGGUCUUCGUGGAUUACAAAGAAGAAACUUUAUGUUGCAACGGAGGUCUGCCCGAUCGUUUGUGAUGAAUUAUUUUCUUAUUCCGAAUCUGCUCGAUGUACGCAAUUUUUCGGAGUAGAUGAUGGAAUAGUCCCAUGAACUAUACACGAUCUCUUUUCAUCAAUGUUCGCGAUGAACUGAAGAAUUCGUUUUCUGAAGAAUAGUACAGAGUUUUCCUUAGAGUCUAUUAUUGUUUAGAGGGAAUGUAUUUUCAAUUGCAACGAACAAUUGAUCGCGUCGUUCUCAAAGGAACCGCCGGCUCGGCGCUUGGAACUAGAGAAACUGACCAAAAUCGUUUCGAGUGAUUACCGUUUAGACGAUUUACCUUAUGAAUACUUGUGCUAGCGAUAAGACUCCGGGAGGAACGCGUGCGCGACGGGUGGAAGGAAACAAGAAACGAGAAAGAUUAACGGUAGAACCUAUGGUAGCCUGAAAUUAUGUGAUAUAUAUAUGACGAGACGCUGUUUUUUCCGCGGAGCUGUGCUCCCGUUUAAAGAGUUGUUACGUAACGGCCCGGAGGCCGCGAACGCACGAGGCUCGACGAAGAGUUCGACGCCGGGAAUCAUUUUUUGAUCGGUCGACGGAUCAACAACGGCGACACGCCGGGACUUGUACACCAUGUUCAUACUUGUACAUAAUUAUUUAUCUAUUUGUAUCGGGCGAAACGAUCUUUGGGCACGCGUCUCCGUUCGCGCCGUCAUCGUUCCGCCGCCAUCUCGCUUCGGCGAGGCUCCAACGGUCAUCGGGAGUUCGAGCUUCGAAAUUUUGCGAUUUCGAACGGAACGGUUGAUCGUGUUUCAUGGAUUUCGGAAAGUUCGGUCACUCUUUUGCAUUUACAACGUGAGAGGAAGGUGCGUUAUUUAAGUUUGUCGAGCGUCACCGCGAACGGAGACCUGUACAGAACCGCUUUAUUACUAUAAAUAAGCAUAGAAGUUUGAAAAGCGAACAGGAACGAACCUUCGAACGCGAAACGAACGAUAGGGGAUUGUAAAGGGGGAGAUCGAGGAUGAAGGGGAUGCCGAAAGGAAAGGUAAAAACGAGUAAAACAAUGCAGCGCGUGAACGAAACGCCGCCGUCAGCUAGCCGGAAGCACCGCCAUCGUUUUUCUCGCUGUUUCCACCGUGCACACGCUGAACGAUUACCGCGAAAACAGACGGGGAAACCAUUCGCGUACCGAAUGCCACAGUCGAACCGUGAUGAUAUUGUAUUCGAGAAACCGACCCUCCGUUCUUAUACGUUCACGAAUGACAAUCGUUGUAAUGUAUUCCCGGGCGACGCGGAGCCGCGUUCUUUCGCUUGAUUCGAUUCAUUGCACCGUAUCGUUUAAGUAGCGCCGAUCCGGGGCCAGCGGUUUCGCUGCGGGAAACGCUGGGACCACCCUCCAGGUUCCUGUACGCGGGAAAAAUUCAAUGGGGAAUUUCGAAAGAUUCUUAGUUCGGCGUCGAUCGAAGCCUAACGGUCGGACAAGUGUAAAUCGAAGGAUUUUCAAAUUCUAAAUGUUACAUGGAUGGAAAUUUGAGAGGUUGGAGGCUCGAGAAUUGAAAUGUCUAAAAGUCGAAGAGCUUCGAAGAAAAAUGAUUCGAGAACUGAGAAGUUCGCGAAUCUGAAAGUUUGAGUGACUUAGAGAUUCGAACAGUCGAGAGUUCAAACAUUUGUAAAAUUUGAGAACUUUAGAGUCCAAGAGUUUGAACAGUUUGGAGACGCGAGAGUUCGCGAGACUUGGAAAUUUGAAAGGUAGAUCACUCGUAUGUUUGAAGUUUUGUAAUUGUAUCGUUAACGGGACACCUUUUCUUUCUGCAAAUCGCGUUCCCCGAGUGCUCAAACGGUACAAAACGGCGUCGAGAGGGUGGUUCUCACCGCGACGCGACGCGCGAACACGAUUUCGUCCUUACGAGAAGACUUUUGUCGUUCACCAGUUUCUUCAUUCUCGUACGGUUAAAUUUCGCUCGAGCACGAACCGAUCCCUGAUUUCACGUAGAAACGAUGUUGCUCACGCGCGCCAACGAAACCGACGCACUUCUCUUCGCGUUAACGAUCGUUCCGCGACGUCUCUUGCGUUCCGGGGACCAACAUGGCCGCUUAAACGCGAUCGAAACGUUCCCUUUGGUUCGAUUAUGCCCGCGUGAUUCCGUUCCGGCGUGAAAUUAAUGAAACCGUCACGCGACACAGAACGAUCCAGAGAAUCGAAGACUGAAUUAUAAUUUCCGCGACGAUCCGACGAGGUCCUUCCUGGAACCUGGGACUCAAAUUCACUGCCAUUUUGAUUUCGUCUCCGUUUAAAAAUUCGUUCACGACGAACCAGUACAAACUAUCGUUAAAUGAUUGCCAUUGUUUCGACAAAGAUUUUUCGAUAAUCAAAAGUGUAAUGCUAAGGCUGUUAACAAUUAUUUCGACGAUUCGUUUAAGCAUAGAACAACGAGGGUCAAUCAGAAAAUGGCGCGGAGACGAGAACACCGUUCAUUUUGCUGAUCACGAAUUACACAUUGCACGAAACGAUGGACUCAAGGUGCUCAAUAAUCAUUCUCCAAAGAUUCAUUCAUUCUUAUGAAAUAACGAUCAUUUGUAUAGACGACGACUGAUUCGAUAUCGAAUCGAUCAAUGAACAAACUCGAGAGUUCGAAUCCUCUGCCGGACGAAUCACCGACGCGGUUCUCUUUCCUCGAGUGUGACUUUCAUUCGCGUGCCAUUUCUCGUCGCGAGUUUACGACAAUGUCUAUACGAGUUCACAGUCUACCAUUAACAGGUUGAUUGCCGAAUCAUCCUAUACAGUUAAAACGACUUUCUUAACGAAAGGGAAACCGAAAACUCGAGAUUCUUCGUAGAGGUUGUUCCAUUGUCCUUUUUGUAUCUCAUAAAUCCAUCGGAAUUCGAUUCUUUCGAUGCGUCAUUAAGAAAAUUAAUUUUGAAAUUUCUAGGAAAAAUUGCAUCACCAGGCAGUCAAUGUGUUAAGGAUUCUGUUAGAUCGAAAUCGAAGCGACGCGUAAGCAUCCUCGGUUCGAAUACUCAGCGAAAUACAUCCGCACGAAAUUCCGCUACACGCUUCAUUGCCAAUGAUGAUUUCGCGUGCGCACAGCUGCACAGCCACUCUCAUCGACAAGAAUCCCGAACCGCGAACCGUUACACCGUGUGAUUCUAAGUUAACGUCGCAAAAUUUCCCAACGGAACUCGAACUUAACGCUAGAACUAUCAGACAGAUCAAAAUGACCCAUUUCAAAGUUUCACAAUUAUCGAAAUUACUAAGUUGCUUUUGGGAGAAAUUGUAAAACAAAUUUACCCGUUUGUACUAUACCGCAAUAAAAGCUGCUACGGAUCUUGAGGAACGUACUCUUCCAAUUUUUCUAAGGAAUUUUAAAUAAGUUACUCCAAUUGCUCGGUAGUUCUAGUGUUAAUGAACAAAAUAUUUAUUACUUUCCACGUUAUUUUGCGCACCAUGUUUCUCGCGUCUUUUCAAACGGAAUGGCUUUGAGAACCACUGCGCGCUACAAGUGUAACGUCGUAUGGGAACGCCAUAUUGGAUUCCGGCGGGAUUUGUGAAAUUAACUUAGAAAAUCGGCUCGUACGUUUCACGAACUACUUUUCGUGAAUGUGACCAGCCCAAAUGUGACCCGUACAUCAUCAGAUCCGCUGUUGGUUAUUAGAGGAUCGCGGAGUCCAGGUGAGUUUGAGUGAAACGCGAGCCGCGCACAAAGGUCUCCAUUUUGCACACGGUAUAAAUACCAGCGAUGCAACGCGACGCAACAACGAUACAAGAGAAGGGAGAACAGCGGAAAAUCAACAUGUGCGAUCAAAAAAAAAUUCCCCUUGUUUGGCUGCGCGCGGGUGCACGAUGGGAAUGAGGGUUCCGCUGGUCGUUACGAUUUCCAUUUAAGCUGGCUGCACAGUUGUGCAAACAGAACCGUGUCCCAUCGUUGAAAAAGAAUUUUAUAUAAAUCUUUUCCGUUCACUAAACAAAGAACACACAAUAAUGAUGCGAUUUCCAUUGAAAAAUGAGAACCAAUAGAGGGUCAACAUGAUUUCGAAUUUGUCUUUCAUUCGAUGCUCUAUAACCAGAUUCUAUUUAAUUCAAUAUUUAACUUCAAGACUGAUUCUUUUUACGAAUAGGAGAUACAAGUAUUUUUCAUAGACAUAGCAAACGAGAACGUUCAAAUAACAAUGUGUUUGACUCGAAGCGAAAGAUGAAUAUUAAAAAAUAAAAUCUGGGAAUAUAAAUUUGAUCGAGCGACUAUUUAUCGAAAACGGUAGCGGCGUCGUGAGAGGUUGGCGAAAGUUUUUAUUGGAGGAGCGAAAUUUCUGUUCCCCGAAAAUUCGUUGCAAAAAACACGCCCGUGCAAACAUGCAACAGUCUGUUGCGCAACGAUGCAAUUGUGGGGCUAGCUUUAACCGGCGCGCAAACAUCAGGGCGCGGCGGUCUCGAUGCAAUUUAUUGGCGAACCUUUAUUGACAUCGUGCAUGACAAACGCGGCCAGUGUUUGGAGACAGCCGCGCGCGAGGGCUAUCGGCUGUAGAAUCGCGCGAACAAUAAACGGACUGUUGCCAUCCAGUUCUUUCCACGCAAUAUGGCCGCUCCGUUCAUAUCCGGCGCGCCACCGCGACCUUUUUCAUCCUUUGCUCGUUGGCUCAUACCGUUGAAAAAACGAUUCUAAACGGUGAAAACGGCGAAUCAAUGACUAACGUAUCCAUUAAUUCAGAAGAUAAUCGAGUUGGUCGAGCAGCGAACGAAAUUCGCGCUGUGAAUCAGGCAGAACGGUCCGAGGACGUUCCAUCGUCGCCAUAUUGGCUUCGGAAGUCGGUCUCGAUCGCCAUUUUGUCGCCGAUGGCCCGCGCGGGCAGCGUGCAUGUACAUAAAUAAGAUGAAAAUGGGUCGCGAUACCGACCCGAUUGUAAAUAAAACGUAAACUGUACACGUAUGAAUUUUAAAACUAAUUCUAGAUCACGAUCUAAGUUACUGAAUAACUAAAGAAACGUAGACGAUUAGAGCGUUACUAAUUACGAUGUAAACCAUAUCCAUGGCCGCGCUGCCAGCGAGAGACACGGAAGCUGUCGCUGAUGCAUCGACAGUCGCGAUUCUCAAGGGACGUCGGAAAUGGAUUAUUAAACAUGUUUUAAUUAACUCAUAUUUUCAUGUUUCUCUCCGUUGAACGUUUAACGAAACGCCGUUUAAUCUCUUACUAACGCGCCGACUAUUUAUCAACUUUCACACGAGAUCAACGAUCGUCUCUUUUCAAAAUGAAAAUCUGACGAAUCGUUUAAUCCGAUUGUACCAUGGAACGAACGAAUUUCCGACGAUCCCGCGGGAAUUGGCGAUCCGUUGUCUCCGAUCAGAUUCUAAGGAAAAAGAGAGCAUAAUGGAACGCGCAAUCGAACGAUCUCGCCGUCGCGCCGGGCGCGCCGAAUCGACGAGAUCGCCGCGAUUCCAUUCUACGUAAGUGGACUGCGGAUCUCUAUGUGGAUUCCCAUUUUCAUAGACCACUUGAGAGGCAGAACAGAAGAUUUUCCUUUUCUCCGUACGGGAGAGACUCGUCGAGAUGAAUGUGAUCCAAAGAUUUGACUAGUCCUCGUUCCGCGAAUUCGUAAAAUCCGUAGUCUAACCGUGGGUGUUGCCGGUGAACACCGAUGAACUGCACAAAACGAUUAUGUUAAUCAUUAACGAGGUGAGAACGAAGGAACAGCGGGAAGAAACUCGGAACAGACGGUUCGAAACUGACCGUACGACUCGCGCGCCAUUUCCCGGAGACCCGCUCGCGAAAUGGAGGCCGAGGUUUCCAGAAUUUCUUAGCAAUUCGAUUGUCCGUGCUUGCAGAACACUCGUUGAAUGAAGAUCGUUUGAAGUUUUGGAUAAAUUUUUGAAAAUUCCGUCAGCUGAUUCAUUUCGGCGCGUGCGACUGUUCCGAGCUCCGAAACUCUUCCCGGGGACUGUCGAAAACGCUUAUCGUCUUGAACGCCUCGGCGUUCCGUAAUAAUCAUCGUUUCGAACGAUCAAACGAACGAACAAUCUUUAUUUUAUCGCUCCAUCGGGGUGAACGCGUCGUCAAGUGACGAUCGUCGGCUGUUUGUCAGCCCUCGGUAAGUCGGACAGCGCUGUUGCCAACAGUCACGGAGGGAAAACUGCACGGGAAACGAAGAUUCCUGCAUUAUUCGCAAACGCUACCCAAGGAUCCUUUAUUUUCGUGCGCAAUCUCGAAUCGAAAUAUUGUUGGUUCCCGUCUUCUCGAAUCGUCCAAACCGCAUUGUGUUGCCAGAACACACGGAUCGUGAAUUUCCUUAAUGAUUCUUUCGAAUGUUUUUCCGUGUCCUCGUAACGCACGAAGUUUUUUAAUGACGAAACAUCGCUCGGUACAUCGAGGCCCCGAAAUUCUCUCGUUCCUGACGUUGAUUGGCCGCUAGACUGCGGUCGUUUAUGCAAAUCGUAUCCUACUCGAACAUUCCUAUCAUUCGCUACGAGAUAAAAAAACAAGCUCGACAAUUUCUGUUUCUGAAGAAAAAUACGCUAUGUACCACCCGGUGUAUUGCGUAUCACGGUUGUAUGAAUUCGUUUGAUUUACCGUCUGCUAAAAUUGAGGUCAGAACGUAAUAACGCAAUGACAAUGGCGACCCUUUCAUUGAUCCAUUUAUAUUACGUAAAAACCAUCGAUGAUCGUGCCAUUGUCGCGAACGGUACCGUAAAGAUCAUUUUCUUCCUUUAAAUAAAAUAUAAAACGAUGAUCGCAAAGGAGAUAUACUGCACGAUUCCUCGUUUCGCGUGGACUGGGAUCGCUGUGUUUGUCAAUAAAGUCACGUGGUUUCGUUGCGUUCCGUUCUAAUCUCUAAUUAAACAGGCGUUACGUGAAUGACAUUCGUAAUAUUGUUUACGCGUCGCACAAGGACAGCGUUCAUCUUGGGCUAUCGCGUGUGUCAUGCAUCUCGUGCGCAUCGCGAAUGCAUAAAAACUGCAGUCUAGUCUCGUUUUAGAGGAGGAACCAUGUGGAUAUGCCUGUAACAACGUUUCUUUCCACGUUGAAAUAAAAUUUUGCGGUGAACGUGUAUAGUAAGGAACUGGCUCGACAAUAACACACGUUGCACACACACACAGAUAAUAACACACACAUAUAUACACGAGGAGCGUGCACAGCACGAGAUACGGUGUGACGCGCGUUUAUCAGGUCGACGGUAUACUUAAGUAUGUGGAAGUAUGUCAACGAUUCGCUCGACGAUUCGUCAAGGAUUAUUGUAAUUCAUCGGAACGGCCGGUGACAUUGUAACUGUCGUCUCUGUAACGGAAAGGACGCGUUACACGGAAAUAAGAGGACGGAACAACUGUAACCGGAAUAAUCAGUCGGCGUUGGUUAAUUGAGGCUGACGAGAUAUCGUGUCGGUCGACCUGAGGAACAGCUCUCUCUCUGCGAGAUGAUCGACGAGAACAAUAGGGGAUCGACCACCGCCAGACGUAAAUCUGAAUGAAAAAACCUCCGGAUACAUGCUCACACGACAUGCAUAUAGUUACUAAUUAUACCAUUAUUGAUUACCGAUUCGAAUAUCGAGUAUGCGACAUUUUUAAUAAAUUAUU